CCGACUGUGCAUAGCAUACUGAAAAAGAAUCAGAAGAGGAAAAUGUAAAGGAAAUGACACUAAGAAUUUAUAUCAAAUAAUAGAUAAAAAAAUAACAAUAACCAGUAAAUGAAAUUCAAAGCUAAUUUGGGUCAGAAAACCAAUUUGAAUCUAUAACGGUGACUAGAUAAGUUUCAUUACGAAAUCUAAAAACAAAAAAAAAAUAAACAGAAAGAAAAGAAAUAGAGAGAUAUAUAACAACAAUUAAUAAAGAAUAAAGAAAAUAAAUAUACAAAUAAAAUACAUAGAAGGAAAUAAAUACCCCAAAAAAGUGGCAACCAUGUUUAAGACGACUCUCGAGAGGACAUCAACUCUACGGACAUCGCUCUCCCUAAUUGGCGUCUUCCUCGCGCUGGAGGUCGGCAAGCAACUCUCCAACUUCGGCUUAAUGAAAACUCCAAGGGAAAAACGACCCCUGUCUCCCUCUCUUCUGGUCGUACUCGUGGAGGUCAUCAAAAUGGUGGUCGUGGUAGCGUGCCAGCAGGUAUCACGUGACUCCCCCAAACCAUGGCGGGCAUCUUUGAAAUUCGCGAUUCCAGCUCUGUGUUAUCUCGUCAAUAACUUCCUUUAUCUCAACGCCCUUGCUGUCACGUCGCCGCCCGUGUGGCUGGUGCUCAUACAGACGCGCACGCUCUUCACUGCGUUGGCUUAUAAAUUCGUGUUCGGACGUGAGCUGCGAUGGAAGCAAGGCCUGGGCUGCGUCCUGGUGGUGUCCAGCAUCGUCCUGACCAAGCUCGCGUCGCUGAGGGAGGAUCGGAACACCAUUUCGAGCGCCCUCCUUGUCCGGUCGCAGGUGUCCGCUCUGCUCUCGUCCACAGCGUCUCUUACGAUUGAGGUGUAUCAUCUCGAGAGGCUCAAUAUUGAAGAAGUGGCUCAGGAGUAUGCAGAGAGUUUAGAGAGCAGCGACUUCAGGCGUUGCUAUGUAGAUUGGGACGCCAAGGAGACAGGGACAUUAAAAUCUGACGUUUCAUCAGAUGUCGAUUUUAUGAGUCAUUCAUAUACAGGCGGUAAUCUGUUCCCGAGGAAGAUAUGA